GGAUGUCAGCUUGAACGUGUCAUAGCCGGGAUGAUGCUCUGGUCAGAUGCAACUCACCUGGCUACAUUCGGCGACGCCAAAGCAUGGCCAGUCUAUGUAUUCUUCGGGAAUCUCUCCAAGUAUGUUCGCCGUCGCACAAGUUCACUGUCUUGCCACCACGUUGCAUACAUCCCUUCGCUGCCCGAUAGUGUGCGCUCGUUCAUCAGGUCUUUUCGCAACGACGCGGGCAAGAAGAGCUCACCGAUUCUAACGCACUGCCGCCGCGAGCUCUUCCACGCCAUCUGGAAGCACCUGCUCGAUGAAGAUUUUGUCAAAGCCUACAUCGAUGGAAUUGUGAUCAAAUGUGCAGACGGAGUCACACGCCGGGUGUAUCCUCGUAUCUUCACGUACUCAGCGGACUAUCCCGAAAAGGUUCUGAUUGCGGCCAUACGGGACAAGGGUCUCUGCCCGUGUCCACGAUGUUACGUACCCCAGGCUGACAUCUUCAAGAUGGGGCAAAAGCGGGAUCUUGCACGUCGUUCGGAAUCGCGGCUAGGAUUCCUACGAAACUGGUCGGAGGGAUUGCGGGCGAGGAUAAUGAAGGCACGGGAUCUCAUCUACAACAGUGGCCUCGGAGUGGUAAGCGCAGCAGUCGAAAGGGUUCUCAAACCAUGGUCACUUGUUCCCACCUUGAACGCCUUUGCGGCACGGCUCGGCGAUGGCUUCAACGUUCACUCGAUCUUGGUGCCAGACUUCCUGCACGAAGUUGAGCUCGGCGUAUGGAAGGCUUUGUUCACGCAUCUUGUACGGAUACUGUAUGCCGCAGCACCAUCGGGUGAGCUCGUUAUUGAGCUGAAUAGCAGAUAUCGUCAAAUUCCAACUUUCGGGCGUGGAACAAUACGACGCUUUGCAGAAAACGCUUCGGAGAUGAAGAAAAUGGCGGCACGCGAUUUCGAAGACCUACUGCAGUGCGCCAUACCCGUCUUCGAGGGCCUACUCCCUGCACCGUAUAAUGACGCCAUACUAACCCUUCUGUUUCGCUUCGCUGAAUGGCACGCCCUUGCGAAGUUACGGAUGCAUAACGAGUCUUCGCUUGAAUCCCUGAGGUCGGCUACCAGUGAUUUAGGCCGACUUCUGCGUCACUUCCGCGACCAUGUAUGCCCGGCUUUCAACACAGUGGAACUCCCAAGGGAAGCCGAAUCGCGGGCGCGCCAAGCAGACAAGACGGGUACGCGCACGUCUCGAGGUAGACAGGCGAAGACGUUCAAUCUUGAUACGUACAAGUGGCAUAGUUUCGGUGACUACGUUUUCGCCAUUGCUACAUUUGGCACAUCGGAUGUGUACUCGACACAGGAUGGGGAGUUUGCACAUCGGCGUCUCAAGCGACUGUACAGGGUCACUAACAAGAAUGAUGCAACAAAGCAAUUAGCCCGCCACGAGCGACGCGAGACUAUCCUGCAGCGCGCGCAUGAUCCUAUUGUUCCAUCCGUGAACGUGGGAGGUGAAACAAGUGGUUCGGCGUCACACGGAAACGUCGCUAGCCAUCCUCACCAUGUGCAAUGGAACGACUCGGAGCCCUUACCAUACACAGAUGUUCACAUGCACCACCACAUAUCGGAUUCACGACAAUUCCCGCAGCACCUGGACGCGUUCGUUCAUCGCCUGGGGACAGAUCCGGCAGGUUCUGGGCAUCUCUUAUCUCGCCUUCUAGGGAAGGAGUUUGACGGCGACGAGGAGCAGUACUCGGAGGAUGAAUUAGACAGCCUCCAAUUCAUUGGGAACAAGAUCUACUCUCACAAGGUUCUUCGCGUCAACUACACCACGUACGAUGUUCGCCGAGGUCAAGACUCCAUGAACCCACGAACACAUUGCGACGUAAUGGUCCGCUCUUGCGAGUCGGAGCCUGGCGCACAUCCCUAUUGGUAUGCUCGCGUGCUUGGUAUCUUUCAUGCGGAUGUUCUUCAGCGCGGACGCAACAUUCGCAACCGCUCCGUCCAGCGCAUGGAGUUUCUGUGGGUGCGCUGGUUCGGUAUCGAUACAGAUUAUCGUUCGGGACAUGCAGCCGCGCGCUUGCCCAAGAUAGGUUUUGUCGAGGAGAGCGAUCCUGACGCGUUCGGUUUCCUCGAUCCUUCACUGGUCAUCCGGGGCUGUCACUUGAUGCCCACCUUCGCAGAUGGCAAGACAUCACAGCUCCUGUCUCGCCCGAAUUCGGUCGCGCGGCCUAUGGGUGAGACUGAAGACUGGGAAGCUUACUAUGUGGGGAUCUUCGUUGACCGUGACAUGUCGAGGCGAUAUCUCGGGAUCGGCAUAGGUCAUACCGCCUCACAUUCAGGCUCACGGCCGCGGGACUCAGGCUCGGAGGAGAGAGAUCUUGACGAGGAUAUGGCGGACACUGUGGAGACGAGUGAAGCUGAAGCUGAACUUGACGAAGACGAGGAGGAUGGGAUCGGCGCUGGUGCCAUAGACGACGCGGUGUUGUAUGACAAGGCGGAUGGCGACCUCCCAGCUGCGGAAGACGGCGACUCAGAUCCUGACGAGAAUGAAGACGAUGAUGCAGGCCUCGAAGCUGUGCCAUCUGAGGAUGAAGACGAAGAAGAGGAGUGGGGUAAUGAGAUAGAUUUGGGUCCGGAGGAUGGUGAUGAUCCGUAUGUAGAUGAUGACAUGUACUUCUAA